AACUAACCAACUCCCUCCAACCCAUCCCGACCAAAUUGCACAAAAGCCCCUCUCUUUCUCUCCACCUCCGCCUUCGCCCUCCGUCCCGUCCAUGGUGGUGGUGGCCGAGCACGAGCACGAGCACGAGCAGUAGCACCGCCUCUGGCUCAUGGCGCAGUACAGGCAGUCCGGCGGCGGCUUCUUCGACUCCCGCGGAGGCGGUGCCCACCACCCGCUCCCGGACUAUCACCGGGCCCACCCAGCCAAGCCCUCCCGGAUCCGCCGCACCGCCAAGCCCGCGCGACGCCGCUCCCCGGCCCUGGCCGCGGCUGCCGCCGCACUCCUUCUCCUCGCCGGAGUCUUCCUCCUCUCGCGACGCCUCUCCCGCGACCCAACAGAGAUCGGCGAAGAUUCGGGGGGCGGGGAGGGUUUGCCGGAGUGGAACCGGAGCAAGAACUGGAAGCAACUCAAAUUCGGCCAUGGCGGGGGUGGCCGGAGCGCGAGGGAUUCUAGGUACUGGGACCAGGACGAUCGGAGGCGCGAUGAGGACUACUCGGAGGAUGAGAAGGACAAGGUCUCCGGUGGAGGUGGAAAAACCGGCGAUGCCGGCGGCAGCACCGAGAAAGGUGAUCCUGGAGCUGAGGAGAAAGGGUUGACCCUGGAAACUGGGGGUGGUGCUGAGAAGGAGGUUGGGGAAGUGGCUGAAGGUGGGAAAGGAGGAACCUUGUACAAUGAAGGUGGCAGGAAAGAGCUGGAGCAGUAUGAGGCGGCUUCCAUUGGAGGGAUGAGGGAGGUUGAUCCAGAUGACGAGUAUGAUGAUGGCUUUGAUGCACAGGAUGAUCCUGAUGAUGCUCAGAUGCGUUCGUCUGAUGGCGGGAGGAAGCUUGGUGAUGGUAUUCAUGAGAGCGUAGAGAAGGAAGAGAAUGUUGCCUUGGAGAGACAGCUCAAAGCAGGUUCAAGGAUUAGUGAUGGCGGCGACACUGCUAAUAUGGUUCAAAAGAAAGCUUCAGGGGCCAGUGAUAAGAAACAUGGGUCCAAGAAGAAAUCAAAGCGUAAAAAGUCUGGUUCAACUUGUGAAAUGAGGUUCCUGAACUCCACUGCUCAACUUGUAGAGCCUCCAAAAAAUGAGAAAUUCGCUAGCUUUAAUUUGAACUACGUAGAAGUUGAAGAAAAACCAGUUGGAUCAGAAUAUUGGGAGCCAAGAUUUGGAGGCCACCAGAGUCUACAGGAAAGAGAGGAGUCAUAUGUAGCUCAUGACCAAAAAUUGACUUGUGCUUUUGUUAAGGGGCCUAAUGGUACAAGCACUGGUUUUGAUAUAUCGGAGGAUGACAGGAAGUACAUGAGCAAAUGCCGUAUCGCUGUAUCUUCCUGCAUCUUUGGAAAUUCUGAUCGUUUGAGGACUCCAUUUGGCAAAACUAUCACAAGUCUCUCAAAGAAGACAGUUUGCUUUGCUAUGUUUUUGGAUGAAGUCACAUUGGAAACUUUGCUAUCUGAAGGCCAAAAAAUGGACAGUAUGGGUUUCAUUGGUAUAUGGAAGAUCAUAUUGAUUAAGAAUAUGCCUUAUAAUGACAUGCGGAGAGUGGGGAAAAUACCAAAACUUUUGGCACACCGACUUUUCCCAUCAUCAAGAUUCUCGAUCUGGCUGGACAGCAAAUUGCGACUACAAACUGAUCCUAUCCUUAUCCUAGAAUAUUUUCUUUGGCGGCAUGGUUAUGAAUAUGCUAUUUCCAACCAUUACGAUCGGCACUGCGUCUGGGAGGAAGUGGCACAAAAUAAAAAACUAAACAAGUUCAACCAUACAAUAAUUGAUCAGCAAUUUGAGUUUUACCAAGCUGAUGGACUGACAAGGUUCAACCCAUUGGAUCCGAACAAGCUGCUACCAAGCUAUGUCCCUGAAGGUUCUUUCAUCGUGAGGGAACACACACCAAUGUCCAAUUUAUUCUCUUGCCUAUGGUACAAUGAAGUUGAUCGCUUCACACCCCGUGAUCAGCUCAGCUUUGCAUAUACAUACUUGAAGCUUAGAAGAAUGAAUCCCAAAAAGUCAUUUCGCCUCAAUAUGUUUAAGGAUUGUGAGAGGCGAUCAAUAGCGAAACUAUUCCAUCAUCGAUCGGAAGAGAGACACAGCAGUGCACAGCUAACAAGAUAACAGAGUUACUUUCAGAGGAUGGGUUUAGAGAGGAAAGCAGAGAUAGUUGAAGGAUUUUAUAGCUUCGGUACAGCUUACGCGGUUUCGCCAUUGUCAAGAGAUGUAUGUUCUGUCUGGGGGGAUUUAUGCUGAAUGAUGGCCGCAAGCAAUUACAGGUACACCAUGAUCCUGCAGACCAGUUCCGCCGUUCUUUUUGUAUCCGAACAAAGGCGGAUUAGGAAAUACUAGCUGUUUGGUUCCAUAAGUUCUUGUUGCUUGGCGUGAAGUUUUGUUCAUUCUUUUCGGAAAGAAAUGGUCUAGCUGGGCAUGAACUCCCAGAAACGGCCAUGCUCUGUGUACCAUCAUACGGUGUAUUUUCAUGUAAGCACUAAUGGUCUUAGUGAAAUGUAAUAUUAUGGCAGAAAGCUACACUGUAACUCUCCAGCAUAGCAAAUUAGCAAUUUUUUGCCUGAA